AUGAACAAAUUAAUAAUUUCAAUCAACAUUUUCGAAAUUUCAAACCAAAAUGAUUUACCACUUGGAAAUGAUGAAAAUCAAUCUCAUAUUGUUAAUGAUACAAUUGAUGAAUUAGAAAGUGCAAUUUCUUCAAUCAUCAAUUUUUACAAUCAAUAG